AUGCUUGCCUUCACCCGCCUCACCAGCAUCCUCCUCUUCGUCCUCUCUUUGGGCUUCCUUGUCUCUGCUCUUCCUACCACUGAGAGCAAGGCUCUGGCUGCGCGCCAUGCCUCUGACGACCUACUCGGUCUGAUUGUUGACCUCAAGGCCAAGGUCGAUGUCGAUGUCAAGGCCAUCGUUGCUGUCGAUGUCGUUGCCGACCUCGCUGUCAAACUCGAAGUGCUGGUUGCCGAUGUUACUGCUUGCGCCCAGGCUGUCCUCGCCAUCGGUGCUAACAUUGACAUUGAUGCUUCCGUCAAGGCCCAGGUUGUGCUCCAGGUUGCUGCGAUCAUCAGCGUGAUUGUCAAGCUUUGCGUCGACCUCGUUGCCAAGUUCGGACUGCUUGUUGUGAUUGGACUGCUCGUCAAGAUUGACGUCUGCCUUCACCUGUUGUUGGUCAACUUGCAGGUCUGCGUUGUUGGAAUCAUCUCCCUUAUUGUCGACGCUGUCGUAAAGCUUGGCCUUUCCCUUGACGUCUUUGCUUCCGUUCACCUCGGAUUGUGCAUCAAUCUCCUUGGGCUUGUUGGUAUCUCCCUUUAA